AUGGCUGCACUGCCUGUUCUUCUUGGUGGUCUUGCAAUUAGUGGUGGCGCACUAGCAUUGAAGAAAUAUCUGAAACCUUCGACUGUUACACCAUAUGAUGUUGUUAUUCGUAUCAAUAGUCUUACUGAUCUGAGCACAGACGGUUGGGAAAUUAUACUCAGUCAAAAUACAAAUGACAUUACACCAACAGUGGCAACACCAGAGAACAGUAAUGGUGUAGUAGUUGCUGUGCUUGGUUCAUAUAAUCGUGGCAAAUCAUUUCUACUUAAUCAGCUUUGUAAUAUUCGGCUUCCUAGUAAUAAUAUAAUACAUACGGAAGGUAUAUCAAUUACAGCAGCAAGAGAACCUUAUAAAGACAUUAUUUUCAUAGACACUGCUGGUACUGAUACACCAAUACGACACGAUAAACUCGAUGAUAAAAAAGCCACGGAAGCGCUUCUACGAGAAAUAGCUCUUCAUCUAUGUUCUUACGUCACCAUUGUAGUGAAUCGUUUACGUAUGACAGAUCAAACAUAUAUUCGAGAGGUAUUGCAGCAUAUCACAAAGCAGCCAAAAGAGAAGAAGCCAGAGAUUAUCAUUGUUCACAACUUGCUAGACGUUGAAACAAUUGAAGACAUCAACAAGGUAAUCAAAGAUGAAAUUGAAGACAUUUACGGUGCUAAACUUGAAAACGUGCGACCACAGAUCAAUGGUCAGGUUAAAAUAAUUAAAUUGUAUUGCUCAUCAUAUGAGAGUAUCAACAUUCGCCAUUAUAUUUUGGCUAAAACUGGUUCUCCUGCAGCCAACAUAUGGAAUAGUCAAUCUCUUGAUGCUAUCAUGAAUAUUUUCCAAAUGGAUACAGGAAAUAGACGCAGCCUUGAUGUUAUCAACAAUAUUAUAAGCUUUGUUAACACUAAGCUUCCUCAAUUAUUUCUCAAUUCAGAUGGCAAUGGGCAUGAUUCCGAAAUUGAACGAGAGAAGCUGAUGGUCGAUAAGCAUGUGAGCGAACCAUAUAUUGUACUUUCUCAUCGAAAAGAGCUCUCACGCGAAGAUCGCAAAACACAACCUUUUACGUUGAAGGUGUCACCAAAGCUCAUAUAUGACGAUACAGGUUAUUUAAUUGGAAUUAAUUCAAUCGAUUGUGGACAGUGGCAGCCUCGUUAUAGCGUAUACGAGGAUGCUGAUUAUUUUAAAGCAAUCGUCGAACUUCCAGGCUUUAAACAAGGUGAAACUCGUGUUGAGAUGCUUGAAGAUGGCAUUACUAUUAAGGGUAAUCGAGAUGAUUUCAAAAAAUUACUGAAUAGUCCAGUCAUCCAUGAUUCACAAAUUCCUAUCGGUUCAUUUAAAUUAAACAUUCCUUUACGUUGCAGGAUUGAGAAUAAAGAAGCAAAACUAGAACGUGAAGAUGGCUUGUUUAAGAUUACAUGUCCAAAAAAGAAAGCUACUGUAAUUUAUCUUGAAUAA